AUGGAUCCCCAAUUAAAGGCAAAAGUUGACGAGUAUCUGAAGUGGGACAAAAAUGAAACUACCCGUUCCCAAAUUGCUGCAAUGGCCGCUUCGACACAUGACUUGGAAAAGCUUAGAAAAUUAUUAAUGGUCCGAAUGGAAUUUGGUACUGCGGGUCUUAGAUCAAAGAUGGGUCCAGGAUACUCUCAAAUGAAUGAUCUCACUAUCGUUCAAACCGCUCAGGGAUUGCUCAAGUACCUCACUGACAAUCACAGCCAUCUGAAACCAAAGGGCAUUAUUGUUGGUUUCGACGGACGCCAUAACAGCAAGAAAUGGGCCAGCAUCACAGCCAAUAUCUUUACUCGUGCAGGUUGGAAGGUGUACUUAUUUAGAGACUUCAAUCCCACUCCUUUCCUGGCUUAUGGUGUCCGACACUUCAAGACUGCCUGUGGUGUUAUGGUUACUGCUUCCCACAAUCCCAAAGAUGACAACGGUUACAAGGUCUACUGGGAGAACGGUGCGCAAAUUCUUUCCCCACAUGACAAAGGCAUCGCCAACGCUAUUCUCCAUAGCCUUGAACCACAGGAGACUUCUUGGCAGUAUGAAGAUGUGACAAACCAUCCUCUUUGCCUGGAUCCGAUGCCCGAGUUGGAGGAUACAUAUAUGAAGAUUCAGAAGGAGAAGAUUUGUUUCACUGAGGAAGAGAACAAAAAAUCGGACGUAAGAUUUGUCUACACUGCAAUGCAUGGUGUUGGCGCUCCUGCGGCACAGAGAAUUUUCCAUCACUUUGGUUUCAAACAUCUAAUUCCAGUUAAGGAGCAGAUUAAACCCGAUCCUGAAUUCUCCACUGUCAAAUUUCCCAAUCCGGAAGAAGGCAAAUCUGCUCUCGAACUCGCAAUCGCCACUGCCAAUGUAGCCGGUGUUCCAGUUAUUUGCGCCAAUGACCCCGAUGCUGAUCGGAUGGCUGUGGCUGAAAAAUUGCCUGACGGAAAGUGGAAAAUUCUCAGUGGAAAUGAGUUGGCUACUCUUUUGGGAUGGUGGAUGUGGACAAAUUGGAGGCACCGCAACCCCCACGCUGACCUAUCCAAGGUCUACAUGAUCUCCAGCACAGUGUCAUCAAAAAUUCUUCGCGCCAUUGCACAAAAGGAGGGCUUCCAUUUCGAAGAAACCUUAACCGGGUUCAAAUGGAUCGCCAACAAAGCUUACGAGAUUAUGCAAAAGGGAGGUGAGGUUAUCUUUUCCUUCGAAGAAGCUAUCGGAUUCAUGUGUGGAACCACUGUUUUGGACAAGGACGGCAUCGGAGCCUUUAGUGCGGUCUGUGAGAUGACCUCUCACCUCUACAACCGAAAACUCACCCUUAUCAAACAACUGGAAAACAUUUUUGACACCUACGGUAAACAUGUAUCGAACAACAGCUAUUAUUUCUGCUACGAGCCACCCAAGAUUGUUAAAAUGUUUGAGCGCCUGCGUCGGAUGCCCGGAAGUGGUCACUAUCCCGUCGCUUGUGGUCGUUUCAAGGUGACAGGAGUUCGCGAUCUAACUGUUGAUUAUGACAGCUCCUAUCCUGAUAAGAAGGCUAGACUUCCAGUCAGCGCAUCGAGUCAAAUGAUAACCUUUACUUUUGACAAUGGAGCGAUUGUGACUCUACGUACCAGUGGAACCGAACCAAAAAUCAAGUACUACUCUGAACUCUGUGGGAAACCGGGUGAUAAACGGUCGAUGGCCGAUUUGGAAGCAGAGUUGGCAGAGCUGAUUAACCUGAUGGUGGAGGAUUUCUAUCAGCCCAAGUUGAAUGGAUUCACGGCAAGAUCGGACUAG